CGGCUCGAUUUCUUUCUCUUCUGUGAUCAUGGCUGCGCUCAAACACCAGCCAUGUUUGCUCAUUUGAAACCCAAAGGUUAGCGAAUACUGUACCUGUUUUAUUUACAUAGCCUGUACCUACUUCAACCAUAUUUGUUCACUCGGAUGAUCAAAGACAUCAGUGUCUUUGAAAUCCAAGGAUUACAAGAUGGAGGCGAACAACCAUUUCAACUAUGGCACCCACUCCUCUGUGUCUGUUAACUCAGGACUGAAACUCUCCUCAGGGGAUUCUGUCUAUACCAAUGGGUCCUCCAUGAGUUUCCCUCAGCAGGAGAAGAAUAUGAACGGCGAAAUGAAUGUGAAUGGCAGCACUACUGUAAUUGGGUCCAGUGUGUCUGGCUCCCAACCUCCAACAGCCCCAUACCCUCAUAUGAGCAACCACCACCACCAGAGUAGCAUGGGCUACGACUAUCUGUGGGGAGGACAGCCACAGUACAGCCCAGCCAUGAGCUUGUCUCCUGGGCAUGGCAUGCACCAGAAGCAGCCUCCCACUGGGGUGAUGCAGCAACAGAGCCAGCAGCAUUUCCAGGGUCACGGACAGUACCAACUGAACGGGGGCAUGCCUGGGUCCCGUCAGCCCCCCGUGGUGCCACCCCCAAACAUGACUCUUACAGGGGGCCAGUAUUGGAACAGGGUUAACCCGGGGCAACAGCAGAGCAGCACAGCCAUGGCAAUGGGGUAUAACUCGCACAGUGUGUACGGGGCCUACCAGAGCCAGGUGCACCCUGGGAUUGCGCCCUCACACCAUCACCAGCAGCAGCCUCCACAGCCACCCCCUCACCAACAGACACAGCAACACCACCACCAGCAGCAGCAGCAGCAGCAACCUCAGCACUACAGCAUGGUGUCCAACGGGAUUCCCUACUACCAGCACCAGCCCCAGCACCCACCUCUUCCUGCUCCACAACCUCAGGCUCAGAUGAUGCCCCCUACCCCCCAGAAUUUCACCCCUCCACGGGGAAGCCCCCAGCACCACCAGAUGGGCCGGGGGGGCACAGGCAGCCCCCUCCCCAUGGCGGUGUCUUCUGUCCCCAUGAUGUCACCCUCGACAAUGGCGGAUAGUGGAUCGCCCCAGAGCCAGACCAGGGAGAGGAGUCCCCAUGGUGGUUCUGUAGCGAUGCCAGCUGUCAUGCAAGGGCGGAUGAGUGAAGCGUUUAAGGAUGUGGAUAAAGGCUACAAUGGGAUGGAGAGGGCGUCUGUCGCCCAGCGGCUGCCUAAAAGCGACAGCUACCCUCCCAAGCCCCCUGGACCUCCCAUGGGGCCCACCAGUGACUACUGCCAGCGCUCCAAGCAGCCAAUGGCCCAGCACCAUGAAAUGACAACCUUAGCGAGGGAGUCUGCGCUGCCUGAGCCUCCACACUCGAUGUCGGCACCUCCCCCUGUGGUUUCCACACCUCCUUCAGCUAAGGCAGCAACCCCUCCUAGGGUCUCUGCACCUCCUGCAGUGUCUAUGGCUCAUAUGAGUGCCUCAGGGCCUCCUGUUGUUUCAUCUUCCUCCGUUACUUCUACGCCUCCCCGAAACUCAGCUCCUCCCGUGUCCUCUGCUCCUUCUCCCCCUGUGCUCGGGCCUCCUCCCAGGCUGUCGUCGCCUCCUCUGAUGUUACAAGGCCUAAGACCUUUUCCAGUGACUGUGUCAACACUUCCAUCAGUCGUAUCACCUCCCUCCUCAUUGUCUGCACCUCCUCCUAAGCCAUCUGCUCUUUCUCCUUUACUGGACAAAUCCUCUAGACCUCCAUCUGUGUCUGCUCCCAAUCCAGUCAGUGCUCGUCCCCCAGUGUCUGUAGCACAUCAGACUGCUCACACUACAUCUACACCUCCUGCAGUGGUCUCGACUUCUACCAUGGUGUCUGCUCUCCCGCACUCCAUGUCUGUGCCUAUCCCCGCUCUUCAACAGAUGGUCCAAGGAUCCAGACUACCUCCUCUGACUUCUUCUCCCCCUGCUUUAUUUGGAGCACCUCGAGAAACGUUUUGGACUUCGUCAUCAAUGUCUGCACCUGCUCCUUCCCCAGCGGUGUCUACUCCCUCGGUGGCAGUCAUGGCACCUCCCUCAGCAGUGUCCAGGCCGCAUUCGGCAGUCAGUUCACGUUCUAUAUCAGUGUCCUCACUUUCUCAAUCAGUGUCUACUUGUCCCCUAGCAGUUUCUGCCCCUCCCGCAGUGUCUGUGUCUGUAAUGUCCUCCUUUCCAAAGGAGGUGUCUAUGCCUCUUCUAACAGUCCAAGGCCCUAGAGCUCUACCUUUGUCUGGACCUCCUCCUCUCACAUCCCAAACCUCCAGAGCUCCUCCAUUGUCUGAGUCACCUGCCUUGAUGUCUGUACCUCUUGCAGUGAUGACUGCUCCUCUUGAGGUACCUUCUGCACCUCCACUAUCCGCCCCUGCUCCUCCACAAGCUCCUAAACGGAUGGUUCCCCCAGAGCCAGAGGAGCGAUGCAUGGGGAACAUGAAGUACAUGGGGAACAUGAAGGAUCCCUCUGUAGAAGCAGACAGAGUCAAAACAUCAUCAAAGAUUGAUUCCGUAGGGUCUCCGACUCGUCAAUGUGAAAAACACUCAAUCAAACCCCUCACAGUUAUUCCUGGGACGACACUGCACCCCAAGAACCAAGAGGACUCCCCUGGGGACCAAGUUUGUGCUGAGAAAAAUGACACCAACCCGAUGAGCGGUGCAGACAUUCCCCUGGAGAAGAGAAGUCUGGAUGACAUCUGUGUGACGGAUGAGUCAACAGUUGAUGAGUCUUUUGACGAGUCCUUGCAGGCGGAGUCCAUACGCCUCGACAGCACCCAUAUAGAAGACCUCAGCCUCACUGAGGAAGAUGACAUCAGUAACAACUCGUCAUUUGACGAUGCCUCUCGGUUUGACGAAACUUCUAGACUUGACGAUACCUCUCGCAUGAAUGACACAUCUCGAUUGGAUGACAUCUCCCGCGUAGAUGGUGAUAACUCUCUGUUUGACGAUACCUCUCACACGGAUGAUGACACUUCCCGCUUUGACGACAGCUCUCGCGUAGAUGGCAACAAAUCUCUAUUUGACUACAGCGCUCGCAUGGAUGACAGCGCUCGCAUGGAUGACAGCGCUCGCAUGGAUGACAGCGCUCGCAUGGAUGACAGCGCUCACAUGGAUGACAGCACUCACGUGGAGGAAACAUCACAUGUUGGAGACACUACAAUGGAUAGCAGCUUCUCCUUUGUGGAGGACUCUAGGGAAUUGACUCUGGAUGAUACCCAGACAGAGAACGUUUCUCGGGCAGAGGAGACCAUGGACAGCUGCCUGCGCACCAAGGAGUCCAUGCUGGAGUCCUCUCUGAACAACACCUCUCAGAUGCAGGACUCCAGUGUUGACUUGUCCCAGAAUGACAUCUCUCGGUCAAGCUCAAAUUGCCCUGCCAAACCAACCCCAGCCUACGAAGGUGACCGUGAGGCAGAGGUCUGCGAUAUACCAGACUCCACUGGCACCACCAGCACCAAGGCCAGUGCUGCUACCAUCAUGGCACCACCUGUUAUCGUGGAUAAAGGCAAGCACACAGCGGCACUCAGUGCCCUGGUGGAAAGCCUGGUUGGAGCCCCGCUCCUGCCCCUAGGUGCCCCAGCCGUGCCCACGACUGGCCAAAAGACCAAAACACCAAGGAAACCCAGGAAGCCACGCACUCAAGCAGCCUCCAUUCCCGUUCCGCAGGCCCCUGGGAAAGCCCAGCGGAAGUCUGAUAUUAAAACUCCAAAGGUAGAGAAGAUAAAGGUAGAGAGGAGGAAGAAGCUUGAGGUAGGAGAGAACAAGGAAAAGGGACGACCUAGAAAGAGAAAGAAGAAGUUUGAACCAGUAGCAGCCACAGGAGAGCCUGAACAUUCUGCUGAAGGCCUACUUCCUGGUCAAAGUGGACCAGUCACUACCAUUGGUAAACCAUGUCUGACCAGUGGCGAGACCCCACCAGUAAUCAAACCCAAGAAAGUUAGAGUCAAGAAAGUAAGUGUUCUGGAGCCGAAGCCACACAAAAUAGCAAAAACCGACAUUGACACUAAACCCAAUGAUGAUGACAAUAACGUCAACGACGGCGACGACAGUUCCACUGCGGGUGACACUCCUAGAAGGAGGAUAGCAACAGAGGAGCAGGUCUACUUCCCUCUGCUCCACGGCUGGAGGAGGGAGAUCCGGGUCAAGAAGAAUGAGGACCGACUCAAGGGCGAGACCUGGUACUACAGCCCCUGUGGGAGGAGGAUGAAGCAGUUUCCUGAAGUCAUCAAGUAUCUGAACAGGCACCAGGACACUGCUGUGACCAGGGAACACUUCAGUUUCAGCCCCCGCAUGCCUGUAGGAGACUUCUACGAGGAGAGGGACUCCACUGAGGGAGUGAAAUGGUGCCAACUGGCCAAUGAGGAGGUGCCCUCCAUGAUCAUGGCCAUCACAGGCCGACGUGGCCGACCUCCAAACCCUGACAAAGAGAUGCCCCGGCCCCGAGCUCGUCGUACCAAGGGUGGGCCAGUCCGAAAGCCCGGGAGGCCGCCCAAACCCAAGAUGGUGGACCUGCUGAGCAAGGUGGACGCCAGAAUGCUGAAGAGGCUAGAGGCCAAGGAUGGUCUGACUGAGGAGGACAAGGAGAAACUUGUCAAAAUCAAGAAGAAAAUGAAGAGAAAGGCAAGGAUGAAAAGAAAGGAGGAUAACAAGAAUAAAAAGAUCCGACAGGAGAAAAAGCAAGCGAAGCUGGACAAGGAGACAAAGGAGGUGAAGGCUGAACCAGCCGACCAGGAGGCCUCACAGCCGGCCCCACCACAGCCACCCGCCCCUGAGCCCAAGAAGCGCGGCCCUAGGAAGAAGGUUGAGGUGCCGCCACCGGUUGUGGAGACUGACCAGGAGAGGUUGGCCAAGGGGAAAAGGGUGCUGGGGGCCAGGAGUAAGGCCAAAGCCCUGGCUGCGGCCCAGGCAGAGGCGGAGGCUGCGGCCCAGGCAGCCCUGGCAGCUAAGAAGCAGGUGGAGAGGAGGGCCCAGGCCCAGAGACGGCUGGAGGAGAGGAGGAGACAGCAGAUGAUCCUGGAGGAGCUGAAGAAGCCCAUUGAGGACAUGUGUCUCACAGACCACCAGCCCCUUCCGGAGCUGUCUCGGAUCCCUGGCUUGGUUCUUUCUGGUGUGGCCUUCUCCCACUGCCUGACUGUGGUGGAGUUCCUGUACUGCUAUGGCAAGGUGCUGGGCCUCCACAUCCCCACUGAUGUGCCUAGCCUCAGCACCCUGCAGGAGGGCCUCCUGGGCCUGGGAGACAGUCAAAGCGAGGUCCAGGAUCUGCUCAUAAAGCUGGUGGAGGCCGCACUACACGACCCAGGCCUGCCACCCUACUACCAGUCGGUGAAGAUCCUAGGGGAGAAGCUGGUGGACCUGGAGCUGACUCGCAGCACAGUGUCUGAGGGCCUGAGGAUCUUCCUGGAGUCCCAUGGCUUUGACAUGGAGGUGUGCAACGUGCUGCGGACCAAGACCUUCCUCACCCUCAACCCCGACACCAAGGCUGCCAUCCUGGGCUUCCUGGUGGAGGAGCUCAACGGCAGCAACAUUGUCAUAAGUGAGAUUGACAACACACUGGAAAACAGGGCUACUUACAGGAAGAACAAGUGGAUCAUCGAGGGGAAAUUGCGCAAACUGAAGGCAGCUCUAGCACGGCGUACGGGGCGGUCUGAGGAGGAGCUCUAUCUAGAGGAGAGGAGGCGCAGUGUCAGGGUGGCAGAGGAGGAGAACCUCAGUCUGGAAGAAAGUGGCGGCCCCAUGGAGAGGGGCAGCCGCCGCCGCACACCCAAGGAGGAGCCCAAACUGAAUGAAACUGACAGCCCCACCAACGCCAGCAUUCCAGAGUUGGAGAGGCAGAUCGAUAAGCUAACCAAGCGACAGGUGUUUUUCCGUAAGAAGCUGCUCCAGUCCUCCCACUCCCUGCGGGCGGUGUCUCUGGGCCAGGACCGGUUCCGCCGGAGAUACUGGCUCCUGCCCCACCUGGGAGGGGUGCUGGUGGAGGGGCCUGAGGAGAUCCUAGCGACAGAAGAUAUCCUGGUGAAGGAGGUGCCCGUCACUCUUCUGAAGAGGGAACCCAAAGUGGAGGAGAAGCCCACUACCACCGCCCCUCCCGCCUCCUCUCCCCAGUCCAAGACCUCCUUGCCCCCUAAAGAGGACCCUCUCCCCGGCACCGCCUCUCUUAUGAGCAGUCCCAGGGCCCGGGGUCGCCCCCGCAAGAUCAAACCAGAGGUGGAGCUACACCUCCGCACCGCCAAGUGUCGCCGCCGUCGCCGUAGCAGCAAGUCCGGCGGGGAGGAGUCGGGGCCAGGCGUUUCCCCCGGACACCACCACCACCAAUGGAACAGAAGACUUCAAUUUCAGGGCGCCUUAACCAACGGGACGGAGCCAAUAACAGGGACGGCACCUAAAGGCAGACUACAAGAGGAUAGCGUGAAAGAGAUGGCGGAGAAACAGGGGCAGUGGUUCAACCUGCUGCCAAAACAGCCUUGUGACAAAACCUCUCUGACAGAACCUCAGACCCCCCCCAGCAAGCCGCCCAAACGCCUCCCUCUGACCCCCAGCACCCUGCCCGCCCUUGCUGCUCCACUGCUGCAGUCUGUAUCAGACCCCACACCUCAGGUGACCCCCAGCCCAGCCAAACCAGGGCGCAGGCGGAGGAGGGGCGGCAGUCCUGCCCGCAGGGCUGGCGCUAGAGCGGCUGCAGCUAAGCGUCGUGGCCGCCCUUCUUCCACACUCUUCCAGGAGAUAGAGCAACAGUACUUCACUCAGCUCGUGGUCAAGCCCAUUCCAGCAUCAAUGGUGCGUGGCUGGUGGUGGAUAAAGGAGCCUGAGGACCUGACGGCCACCCUGCAGGCCCUGCACCCACGAGGCAUCCGGGAGAAGGUGCUCCACAAACACUUGGCCAAACACAUGGAGUACCUGGCUGAGGUCUGCACACGGCCAAUCAACGACCCUAUAUUCCAGGUGAAGGUGAAGGAGGGGGAGGCCCUGCUCGAGUCCCUGCAGCAGCCAUGGCAGGUCCAGGAGCGGGCCCUGGAGACAGAUGUCGGAGCCCUCCGCUGGGUGGAGGACCUGGAGCAGAGGGUCAUUGCCGCCGACCUGCACCUCAAGAUGGCUCCUCAGAAUGGAAGGAGCGACACUGACAAUAACACGGAAACGCCAGCCGCAGGAUUCCAGCCCUACACAGUUCCAGAGGUGGACUCCACGCGUGACGACCUGCAGUACUACGAGCAUGACGUGGACCCCCGGGACGACUGGAUCGUGCGGACCAAAAAGGAGUGGUCAGACCUGCCCCGUGUGGCCAGCCACCCGCUGGACUUGGCCGUCCUGCGCCUGGCCAACCUGGAGAGAAACAUCGACCGGCGCUACCUGAAGGAGCCCCUCUGGAACCUGGCCGAGGUGGUGCGUCUCGCCCCCCUCACCCCCGAGGAGAGCCAGAUGGGCCAGAUGGACGUCAUGAGUCUGGAGAGUGAGAUCACCCCCAGAUUGCGGACAUGGCGCCAGGCCCUGGACCGCUGUCGGAGCGCCCCCCAGCUAUGUCUGUGUCUGCUGCAGCUGGAGAAGGCCAUCGCCUGGGAGAGAUCUGUGGUCAAAGUGACGUGUCAGGUGUGCAGGAAGGGGGAUAAUGAUGAGUACCUGCUGUUGUGUGACGGCUGUGACCGUGGCUGCCACAUGUACUGCCUGAGGCCAAAGGUCACCCAGGUGCCAGAGGGGGACUGGUUCUGCCCCACCUGCGUCUCCAAGGCUAGUGACGGUGAGUCACCACGUAGCAACCAUCGCUCCUCCAAGCAGAGGACCCGGGUGAAGAAGAGGAGGUACGAAGAUGACAGUUCUGAUGAAGAGGCGGUGCCCAGCAAACGCAGCGGUGGUGGUGCUAAUAUAGCAACACGGCAUAAGGACGGUGGCCCUGCCUUAUCCUCCCGUUACUCUGGAGAUGGAGGUCGCACAGCGGGCUUCUCACCCGCCAAGCGCCGCCGCAUGACCACCCGCAACCAGCCCGACCUCACCUACUGCGAAAUCAUUCUGAUGGAAAUGGAGUCUCAUUCUGACGCCUGGCCCUUCCUGGAGCCCGUCAACCCCCGCAUGGUGCCCGGCUACCGACGCAUCAUCAAGAACCCCAUGGACUUCCUCACCAUGAGGGAGAGGCUGCUGCAGGGAGGGUACUGCAGCUGUGAGGAGUUUGCAGCAGAUGCCCAUCUGGUGUUCAACAACUGCGAGCUGUUCAACGAGGACACGUCCGAGGUGGGCAUGGCUGGACACUCCAUGAAGCGCUUCUUCGAGAACCGCUGGGCUGAGUUCUACGCGAGCAAAGACCAAUAGGACUCUUGUGCUGGGGGCAGGGUCACCCAUUGGCUAAUGCUUACUCUCCCAUAUAUGUAUAUAUGUAUAGAUCUAUGUAUAGAUUUGGAUAUUUGUCUCUUCUUGUUUUUCCCUUUCUCUGCUUCACCUUUUUUAAAACCUCGACCGUUGGCUUGAAAUUCUGUCGACGACAGAGGGGGAUGUUUGAGCUCUCUUCUUCCCUCUGCACCCUGCCCUUCUGUACCUAGACACCUGUGUGGAAUUUUCCUGUUGUCAUGUUAUCUCCUAAGCCACACCCCUUGUCUCAUAAGGCCACGGUAUUCGUCCAUCCCUUCCUCUGGGGGCGGGAGGAGGGUCUGAGGCCCUGAGUGGAUUGGGUUCUCAAACUCUGCCCUCUGACCGCAACAGGAGGUCUGCCAGACCAAUGUGUCACUGCAGACCGGACAUGCUCUGACCUCGUUUCCACCAUAUAGAUCAUAACCCUAAGGUCCUCUCUGAACUCAAAACACUUUGGGAUUGGACCCUCUUUUAACUGUUCAAUGGAAAUGUAGUAUGGUCUUAUGCCUGAAGCAAUUUUUCUCACUAUAUUUUUAUUAUAUAUUCUAUAUAUGUGUAUAUAUAUAUAGAGUACAAUAGCUGGGAUUAUUUAAUAGCAAUAGCUUGUAGUGAAUGUGUACAGACUAUAUAGUUGAGAUGUCUAGACGAUUUAUGAAAAGGCCAGUAAAACAAAAUGGAAAGGAGUGUUUUUUUUGUUUGUUUUUGUUUUUUCCCCUGAAGACUUACAUUGUGUAACAACCCCUGACCUAACUCAUACACAACCACACUCCUGCUGCUUUGUGAAGGUCACUGGUUUCAGAAACUGGAGGCUUUAGUGUCUUUUCUUUUCUGUCCUGUUUUUGUUUUUUUCUGCUCCAUAAUGACAACUAAGACCGGUAGUCACAGCAACGGGAAUUGUCAGGUGUGGUGUGUUCAUAGAUGGUGUCAAUAGAACUGAAAUGACGCUACCGCCAUUAUUAAAUGAGGUUUGCUUUGUGUUGCAGCUCUUUACCAUAUUGGUCAAAUUGUGCAGAAAGCUAGCAGGCUGCUGAAAUCUUAUUGGUUGACUGUUCGCAAACAAAAUGUCACGUUUUUUUAGCGACACCCGUUCAUGGGAAGAAUUGUUUUGAUUUUACAGGAAAUUGUCACUCAAUAUUUCUUACAAUGCAUUUGUUUUCUCACUAAAUUUAAAGAAACAAAUUCCUAUGAAGGUCAACACUGGAAAUGUUCAGUCUCAUCAAUUUCAAAUGAACGUAGAAACACCCCCCAAAAUAAAAGCUUGUUAACUUGAUGUAACCGUUUAAAAUUGGGGAGAAGCUAUAACUCUUAUGAAUACUGAAGAAUAACAGUAAAUAUGCAUUGAGAGGUUUCUUCUGCUUGUGGGUUUCUGAAUCUUGACAGUUAAGCGCAGGAACAGAUAUCACUUGUGUGUUAAGAGAAACAUUUUGUUCUAGACACCUGAUUAAAAGCCUUCAAAACAAGUAUGUCCACAUUUUGCUAAGCUCAUGUUCCAUUUAUAAAUAUUUUUGUUGUUUUUUAAGUGGCCACUGUGCCCCAAAGUGGAGGAGUCAUAAUACCCAUAAAAUACUAGCGGUCAAACAGGGAAAUAGUUCCAAUUGUUUUUCCACCGUAAAUUGUUCUAAUAUGGGGAAAAACACUUAAAGUAAGCGUUGUGUUUCGUGUAGGCUUACCUAGGUGUGACAUUUUCAUAACCAUGUAAGUCUCUCUUGGACAAGGUGACUUUUUUUUAUUAAUAUAUUUUUCUCUUUUUACUCUGAUUUGAAAAUGCUAAUUCGCAUCAGAGUAGACAUACAAAACGACAAAGCCCUGCAAGCUCCUGCAUGUCAUCGCUAGCUGACACCUUUAGUAACAGGUAUUGUUAAUUUAAAACUUGCACGAGACUUCACAGAAUUGUCCAUUUUUAAUCUAAUGUAGCCAAUUUACACAAUACCACAUUUAGAAAACAUGAGUUAAUCCAGGUUUUCUUACCUUUGCCUCAAUUCGGCGGUCUCGUCCAGAUCAUCAUGGCAUUUGUAGAUAUUUUUGAUAGCCUAAUUAGCAAUUCAUUUUGGGUGGGUAAAUACAAGCGAAUACAUUGAUAAGUCACCUUGUCUGAGAGAUUUUAGAAGGUAAUUGAAAUGUCACCCCAGGGUAAGCCUAAAUGAAACACAGUUUUAGAAACACAGUUUCUAAAAUCCCCUAUGGGAAAAAUAUUAAUGGUGGGAAAAUGAUUGGAACCAUUUCCCUGUUUGACCGCUAGGUUUUCUGGGUAUUAUGACUCCUACUGUGGUACUCUAGCGUGGCAUGGUUGGUGUGUUAUGGGAAAGGUAUGAAGGCGGCAUGACGAUACUUCACAAUCCGGGCUUUAUUUAAAGCGUGGUUUCUUACACUGAACUCAAACUGGUCAAUAGGAAAUUCAUUUUUGUGUUCUUUCUACACAAAAGGCACAUUCCUUUUUCUAUAUAAAAAAAACUAAAAGACAUGAAUAAAACCAAAUCUGGUGUUAAGUGAAUUUUUCAUAAUGUACAGUUUUUGUGACUACAUUUGUUCCUUUCUAUAUUUUUAGGACCAAUAUAAUUUUUAAGAGGUAUUACAAGACCAUGUUGUAUCUUGGUGAUGUAACACGUGUGCAUCUGUAGAAUGUACUGUUAGUUGAAUAAAAACCACAUCUAGUAGAGACUACACUCUGGAA